CUUGGAAAACUUCUCUGGGGUGGACUGCAGGGAUGCCGGGCAUCGGUGGAAGAGGAUGUAGGAGAUCGUUGGCUGGUCCCGGGUGUUCCCGGACCUCCUAGGCCGCUAUCGGUCAGGCUAUGGGGCUCCAGAGCCAUCCGCACCGCUGGGUGGACGACCCCCUGCUGUAGCGAAACCAGAGUGGCGCUAUCUCCUUUGGACCGUGGGUUUGGCCAGCAGCGAUCCCUCUGGACGUAUCCGGCCCCGCCAUGGACCACCAAGAGCCCUACUCGGUGCAAGCCACCGCCGCCAUCGCGUCGGCCAUCACCUUCCUCAUCCUUUUCACCAUUUUCGGCAACGCACUGGUCAUUCUGGCUGUGUUGACCAGCCGCUCACUCCGUGCACCACAAAACCUGUUUCUGGUGUCACUGGCAGCCGCGGACAUCCUAGUGGCCACCCUUAUCAUCCCUUUCUCUCUGGCCAACGAGCUACUGGGCUACUGGUACUUUUGGCGCACAUGGUGCGAGGUCUACCUGGCGCUCGAUGUGCUCUUCUGUACCUCCUCCAUCGUGCACCUGUGUGCCAUCAGCCUGGACCGAUACUGGGCAGUGAGCCGAGCUUUGGAGUACAACUCCAAGCGCACGCCGCGCCGCAUCAAAUGCAUCAUCCUCACUGUGUGGCUCAUUGCGGCCGUCAUUUCUCUGCCGCCCCUCAUCUAUAAAGGCGAGCAGCGCCCGGAGCCCCACGGGCUCCCCCAGUGUGAGCUCAACCAAGAGGCCUGGUACAUCUUGGCUUCCAGCAUCGGAUCUUUCUUUGCUCCCUGCCUCAUCAUGAUCCUCGUCUACCUGCGAAUCUAUGUAAUUGCCAAACGCAGCCACUGCCGGGGUCCCAGGGCCAAGAGAGGCUCCGGGGAGGGUGAGCCCAAGCAGCCCGGUCCUGUCGCUCGGGGAGCUCCAACCUCAGCUAAGGUGCCAGCCCUGGCCUCUCCUCUGUCUUCCGUGGGAGAGGCCAACGGACACCCCAAGCCUCCAAGGGAGAAGGAGGAGGGAGAGACCCCUGAAGAUCCCGAGUGCGGGGCUUUGCCACCCAGCUGGUCUGCCCUUCCCAGAUCGGGCCAGGGCCAGAAGGUCGAUGGUGGGGCACCUGCAGAGGAGGGAGCCGAAAGGCAGGAUGAAGAGGAGGUGGAAGAGUGUGGAACCCCCCAAACACCGCCAGCGUCUCCUGCCUCUGUAUGCAGCCCACCCAUGCAGCAGCCUCAGGCUUCCCGUGUGUUGGCCACGCUUCGUGGGCAGGUGCUUCUGGGCAGGACUGUGGGUGCUGCUAGUGGGCAGUGGUGGCGACGACGGACACAGCUGAGCCGGGAGAAGAGGUUCACCUUUGUGCUGGCAGUGGUCAUUGGCGUUUUUGUGGUCUGCUGGUUUCCUUUCUUCUUCAGCUAUAGCCUGGGGGCCAUCUGCCCACAGCGCUGCAAGGUACCGCAUGGCCUCUUCCAGUUCUUCUUCUGGAUUGGCUACUGCAACAGCUCCCUGAACCCUGUUAUCUACACCAUCUUCAACCAGGACUUCCGACGUGCCUUUCGAAGGAUCCUUUGCCGGCAGUGGACCCAGACUGCCUGGUGAGCCUGCCUGCUCGCUGCCUGUGCCUAGGUUGAUGCCAGGACCACCUGAUGGUUGUCCCUCACCCCCAUAGUCUAGGUGGCCAUUUUCCUGGGGCCCCCUUGCAGACCUCAACCUCAGACUCCCCCCAAAGGGGAAAGGACAAAAGUGCUGUUCCCAGGGUCCCAUUGGAAACCUUCCCUUGCUGACUGUACUGUGGGGUAGCUCUUCUCCACGUUCCUGAGCAAGGGUAGCUUGGGUCUUCUGGAAUGUAGCCAAGGCCAGACUGGAUUGGAGUACCUCCCUCCCAGUCACCUGUAAGCCAACAGGCCGGGCUUCCCUUUUCUGGAGACCCCUGUGCCUUGGCAGGCCACUUACUUGUGGCAUUCUGUUUUUCUUGGGUUUGGGGGUUUUACUUUUUUUGUUUUGUUUUGAGACAGGAUCUCGAGUAGUCCAGGUCGGCCUCAGAUUUGCUGCGCAGCCUAAGGAUGAUCUUGGAAUUCUGAUCCCCAUGCCCUCACCUCCCCAGUGCUAGGAUUCCAGGCGUUCACCACCGUGUCUGGUUUCUGAGAUCCUGGGGAUUGAAUUCAGGGCUUCAAGCAUGCUAGGCCAGCAUUCAACUAGCUGAGUUACAUCCCAAGCCUUGAUUUUUCCCCAUGCCUCUCAAAGAGCAGGAAGCCAGUUUUCUACACUUCCUAGGAGGACCUGCUGCUGAGAAAGAGGACGAAAUGAGGAGGAUUCACCCACGUUGAGCACCUGUGGUUCCAUUGGCUACUGGGGUAGGGGGUGAUGGGCUAGUAUUGGUUUUUAGAUUUGUGGCUCCUUUAAGGUUAAAAGCAUGGAUCAGUUUUGUCACUCAGUACCCUCUGGGAGGCAAGUGGGCACGUGGCUGUCUCAUUGGGGAGGUCUGGAAGCCUGGCCUGGCCUCAAUAGGAGCUCCUGAUCACUGGCAUUCACCCUUGCAAAGAGCAGGGCGACAAUUGCUUGCCGCCUACUUGCGGCAGGGAGAUGAAAGGCUUUGCAGAGAGCUUUGAGCUCCAUGGGGGAAAAAGCUAGAGAGCCAGCAAAUGUGAUUAUCUGGUGGUAUAAAAAUUCCCUUCCUGUGUGUUUACCAUCAUGAACCUUCCUGUAGACUUUUGUUCUGCGCUUGGGGUGUGUGAACUCCUACCCCAAACUGGAAGUGGGUUGAGGUGCACCGAGUCACUCUUUCAGAUUCCAGGAUUUCUUUGAGAAUGCAUUCUUGUACCCAAAAAGGUUUGAGUUAUUGUGCCGGUGACAGCUUCUCCAUCUGUUACCUGUAACGCCAACAGAGUUUUCAGUGGCUUGGCCCCAACCCCAUUAGGGGAUAAGUCCUUUGUCAUCGAGCAGGCAAAUCGUUUCCCCAAGCUAAAAAUACUCACAUCAAGGAAGCAGUCUGAGAUGAGAUCCUCAGGUAGGGUGCUGGGGCUGGAGCAGGCAGCCAGGGCCCUGUGGAUUCUGGGAGAGCCACCCGCUCCAGGGCCCAGACAACUCUACGCACCCCAUGUGGAGCCUUUGGAGGCAUAACUAAUUCUACCCCAGCCCAGAAGAUGCCUUGCUGGCUGUUAAGUUAACCCUCACAGUGAAAUGGAUAUGCACUGGGGUGUCUUUACCUCCUGGUUGUCUCCCCCACUUAGGAAUUGUUUCCCAGAGUGACUGGGCAUCUGUAAAGGAUGUGUCUGGGUUUUCCCCAUGGGCAGCCUGACCUCAGCUUUGGACAAUAGAACUCUUAGCCUCAGGGAGGGGUGAGUUGAGCCACACAGGCUGUUAGCCCAGGAUGGAUUUGUCCAAUUUGGAAGGUGCUCAGGGAGUUUUCACGGGUAGCGACAAUGGUGGGUACCAAUGAUGGGUACUAGGUGGGUACCUGGGGAGGACGUCUGUCCAGCUUGGUCCUCGUUGGUUGGUUGCAGUUGUGAGGCUAGGACAUUGAUUUGGGGUGUAGCUGAGGGGCUGAUUUGUAAUCAUCUGCUGGCUGACCUUGUUUGUGUAUGCUCUGUGGGACCCAGCCCUCCUGUUGUGACAUGCAGGUAUUUCUAAGACUCUGAACUAUUUUAUCA